AUGCCUGCUAAGAAAGCUGCCGGUGCUGCCUCGGGCAAGUCGUCCGCCACCCACGCUUCAUACAAAGAUAUGAUCAAGGAUGCCAUCAUCAACCUCAAGGAACGCAAUGGAAGCAGCCGUCAAGCGCUGAAGAAGUACGUCCAGAACAACAACACCAUCAACAUCACCUCCCAGGCGACCUUUGACGCGCAGUUCAACCGCGCUCUCAAGGCUGCCGUCGAGAAGGGAGAGUUCACCCAGCCAAAGGGUCCCUCUGGCCCCGUGAAGCUUGCUAAGAAGGAGGUCACCAAAUCUGCUGCUAAGCCUGCAGCCAAGAAGACUGCCACCAAGGCCGCUGCUAAGCCUGCUGCUAAGAAGGCCACCACCACCACCAAGAAGGCCGCUGCUUCAAAGGCCGAUAAGACUGACAAGGCCGACAAGGCCGACAAAGCUGACAAGCCAAAGAAGGCCGCUGCCUCUACCACCAAGAAGGCUGCUGCCACCAAGUCGUCAAAGACCAAGGCCAACACCACCAAGCAGCGCAAGGCCACCUCUUCAGCCCCCGCCGUUGUUGAUGUGCCCAAGGUCAUAGGCAAGACCAAGUCCGGCAGAGUGACCAAGACAGCUGCUAAGCCUGCCGCUAAGAAGGCCGCCGCAAAGAAGAAGACCACAACCACAAAGGGAACACCAAAGAAGGCCGCUGCCGCUGCUUCUUCUUAA